AAAAGAAAAAAGAAAUUAUUAGCAGUAGGUUUGAAGAAACUUACUCUGGUCUUGCGAAUUCUGAAUUCAACAAACUUAUAUCUGGUUUUACGAAUUCCGGAAAGCCUGAUUCUGGUUCUGUCGGUUAUGGGUUGUCUAGUCUUGUGGAUUUAGAGUUUUCUGGUUCUGUGUGUUUAGAGUUGCCUGACAAUAUGAGUUUGGGGUUGUCUGUGCUUGCAAAUUUGAAGGUGCCUGUUUUUGAAAGUGUGAGGUUACCGAGUUCUUUGGGUUCUGAGUCUGAUAUAAAUGCAAGGUUUAAAGAUAUUCUGCCUAGUGCUAUGAGUUCUGGGUUUCAAAAAGUUUCACUUGGUACUACAAGUUCUGGAUCACAAGAUGUUUCGCCUGGUAAUAUAAAUUCUGGGUCUCAAGAUAUUUCACCUGGUGUCGUGAGUUCUGGAUUUGAUGUUUCACCAGGUGCUAUAAGUUCUGUGUUUCAAGAUAUUUCAUCUGAUUUUACGAGUUCUGGGUUUAAUGAUGUUUCACCUAGUACUAUAAGUUCAGGGUUUCAAGAUGUUUUGUUUGGUACUAUGAGUUCUGGAUUUAAUGUUGUUUUGCUUGGUGCUAUGAGUUCCGGGCUCAAAGAUAUUUCACUUGGUGCUAUGAGUUUCAGGCCUCAAGAUGUUUCGCCUAGUGCUGUGAGUUCUGAGUCUCAAGAUAUAUCAUCUGGUAUU